AUGGCUGAGCAUCUCACGGUUGAUAUCUUGGUGAUUGGCGCCGGGCCGACUGGGCUCGGUGCCGCCAAACGGUUACAGCAAUUGGGUAGUACAUCAUGGCUGAUUGUCGACUCUAAUGAGAGACCUGGCGGUCUGGCGUCCACUGAUGUGACUCCGGAGGGCUUCCUGUUUGAUGUCAGCGGACUUGCCGUCUUCUCCCACUACAAGUACUUUGACGACUGCCUUGACGAGGCCCUGCCCCAGUCCACCGACUGGUAUGAGCACCAGCGCGUAUCGUCUGUGCGUUAUCAGGGCCAAUGGGUGCCCUACCCCUUUCAGACCAAUAUCGCCGUCCUUCCCAAGGACGAGCAGGUGCGGUGUCUUCGCAGCCUGAUCGACGCAGCAUUAGAGGCUCGGACGCGACCAGCGACUGACAAGCCACAGAACUUUGACGAGUGGAGUGUUCGCAAUGUGGGAGAGCACCUGAAUGAGAUCUUCAUGCGCCCGUACAAUUUCAAGGCCUGGGCGAUACCUACAACCAAGGUAGGACAUCUGGGUGACCUUGACUGGAAAGUUCCGAUGUUGAUCAGACACCAGAUGGAUGCGACCUGGGUAGGAGAGCGUGUACCAGUACCCAAUCUCAAGCUGUUAAUGAGCAACGUCAUCCGGAACAAGGUGACGCGCCAUUGGGGUCCGAAUGCCAUCUUCCGCUUCCCAGCCAAGGGAGGCACGGGGGCCAUAUGGUUUGCAGUGGCACACACGUUCGCGAAGCAGAACAAGCGCUUCGGGACACCUGGGACCGUCACCAAGAUCGAUGCAGAUGCGAAGAAGGUGCAUAUGCUGGAUGGAACGGUGGUGCAAUAUCGCACUCUCAUUUCCACCAUGGCCGUGGACGACUUGGCGGAAUUCAUGGGCGAUGUGCAACUGCAGCAGAUGUGCAAGCGGCUUUUCUAUUCCUCCUCCAACGUAAUUGGCGUGGGUAUCCGUGGACAUCGUCCUGGUUGCAUCAGGGACAAGUGCUGGUUGUACUUCCCUGAAGACGAAUACCCAUUCUACCGGGCCACCAUCUUCUCCAAUUACUCCCCCUUCAACCAGCCUCAGGAGCAGACGCAGCUCCCGACGCAGCAGCUCGCGAAUGGGCAAAAACCGGUGUCGUCAGAACCGAAGCCAGGCCCCUACUGGUCCAUCAUGGUGGAGAUAUCGGAAUCCUCGUACAAGCCAGUCAACCAUGAGACGAUUCUCGCGGAUAGUAUUCAGGGCCUCAUCAAUGCCGAGCUGUUGAACCCCGAUGAUGAGAUCGUCAGCACGUACAUCCGUCGCUUUGAGCAUGGCUAUCCCACCCCGAGUCUUGAGUGCAACGGCGCCCUAACGGCAAUCCUGCCUUACCUACAACAGAAGGACAUUCUGUCUCGCGGCCGUUUUGGGUCGUGGAAGUACGAGGUGGGUAACCAGGACCACAGCUUCAUGCUCGGGGUGGAGGCGGUGGACCAUGUCGUUUCCGGCGGCAUCGAGUUGACUCUCUCCUAUCCGGACUUUGUCAAUGGGCGGGCUAAAUGA